CUUUUGAUUGAGCAUUUAUUAAUAUCCCACAACACGUGACGCUGUUUACGUUUAGUUACGUCAGUGAUUUCCGCCGCUGUAAAUGGUUUUAAGAGACGACCAGCUGACUUCACACACGGUGUCGCGGGGAGCACGUUUACACGUCCGGACUGAGCCGUCUGCGUCCCGAACCACCGGGACGUGAAAGUGUCACUGUGUUGCGGGGAGGAGGUUCCCGCACGCCCAUUGGUUGAAAGCAUAGGUGUGUCCGGGGAGGGGGGGAGGUGUCGGUGCGUGCCUGUGUGUGCGCCACGGUCGCCGUGCGUCGCUACGUUACUUCCUGUUAGAAGAUAAACGGAGGUUUGACAGCACGCAGGGAGGAGACGGUGUUUUUUUUUUUUUUUUUUUUUUUUUUUGUGGAGGGGAUCGAUCCCGGGAUCAGAACACCUGCCUCCGCUGACAGACAGCCGUCCAUCCCCGGUGACAGCAUGUGGAAAUAUUCCGGAUAGCAGCCUCUGAGAAUCUGGUGAGUGAGGGGUUGUUCCUUUCAGGUUUUGUUUGAUGUCCACCAUGGCAGUGGAUUUCUUUAGCCCGCCAUCCCCACUGGGGGAUUCCCUGCUGGAUAGUCCGCUGUGUGGAGACCUGAUGGAGGAUCUACGUGACAUCUCUCAGUCCAUAGAAGACGACACGCUGGGAUUUGAUUUCCCAGAGUACCAGAGCACUGGAUCGGGGUCCGAGAGCUCCAUCGCACUGGACACGUUGACCCCGGCCUCCAGUCCGUCAUCCGGAGUGUGUGGAACAGCACCGGGCCCAGAAGAGAACUUCACCCCCCUCAGCCUGGAGUGCCGGGUGUGCUCAGACAAGGCGUCAGGCUUCCACUACGGCGUGCAUGCCUGCGAGGGCUGCAAGGGUUUCUUCAGGAGGACCAUCAGGCUAAAGUUGGAGUAUGACAAGUGUGAACGCAACUGCAAAAUCCAGAAGAAGAACCGCAACAAGUGCCAGUACUGCCGAUUCCACAAGUGCCUCUCUGUGGGAAUGUCCCACAAUGCCAUCCGGUUCGGUCGGAUGCCUCAGGCGGAGAAGCUAAAGCUCAAAGCAGAAAGCAAGAUGGUGGAGAAAGAGGUGACUAGCCCCAUGCUGGCUGACCACAAGAUUCUGGUCAAGCAGAUCCACGAAGCCUACAUGAAGAACUUCACCAUGAACAAGGCGAAAGCACGGCUCAUACUCACUGGAAAGACCAACAAGCCGCAGCCGUUCAUCAUUCACGACAUGGAAACGUUCCAGCUGGCAGAGAAGACAUUAGCGGCCCAUAUGGUAAACGGUGACCAUCCAGAGCCUGACAGCGGCCUUCAAGCUGGGAAAGUGGUUCCCGGUGUGGGUUGUGGGGAGCUACAGCAGAGGGAGGCUGAAGCCAGGCUCUUCCACUGCUGCCAGAGCACCUCGGUGGAGACAGUCACAGAGCUGACAGAGUUUGCCAAGGCGGUGCCAGGUUUCCAGAGCCUGGAUCUGAAUGAUCAGGUGACUCUCUUGAAGUACGGUGUUUACGAAGCCCUCUUCACCCUCCUGGCAUCGUGCAUGAACAAAGACGGCCUCCUGGUGGCCCGUGGUGGAGGCUUCAUCACCCGAGAGUUCCUCAAGAGCCUCCGGCGGCCAUUUAGUGACAUGAUGGAGCCCAAAUUCCAGUUUGCCACACGCUUCAACUCCCUGGAGCUGGACGACAGUGACCUGGCCCUUUUUGUGGCUGCCAUCAUCUGCUGCGGAGAUCGCCCAGGCCUGGUUGAUGUGCCCCUGGUGGAGCAACUGCAGGAAAGCAUCGUUCAGGCACUACGGCUCCACCUGCUGGCCAACCACCCCGACGACCACUUCCUCUUCCCCAGACUGCUGCAGAAACUGGCUGACCUCCGGGAGCUGGUCACAGAGCAUGCCCAGUUGGUGCAGGAAAUCAAGACAACAGAGGACACGUCGCUGCACCCGCUCUUGCAAGAGAUAUACAGGGACAUGUACUGAGAAGACAGCACGUAGACUCGUGGACAAAAUUAUUAACUGAUACUAAUCGUGCAUAUCAGUGUGCUGUAGCUUUUUGUUCUGUGGAUGCACUCUGCUGAGUUUGAAUCGAGACCAUGUGACUUCCUCCUGGAACAAAACACAAGUGAAAUGGGGGAAAGGCAGCUCUUGCAGAUGGCGUGACUGCUUCCAUCAAAGGGGGACACAGUGUGAAAGAGACUUUUUGAUCUUACACCAUAGAUGUGUACAGAUAUUUGUUAUUUGUUGAAUUUAGGACAUCUGAUUUUGAUGGAUCAGGGUCCUGGAUGCCAGAUUUUACUCUGCAGAUACAACAACUGAACAAAAGCUAAGUAGGGAGUGGGUAUUAAACAUGGGCAUACACAUAUUAAAGACACUGCUGCAGUCAUGCAUGCAUUGAUGCUAAAUAUUAAUUUUACUUGUGAAGAAGCAAGAGGCAGAGAAGUUAGAGAAGUUAUAAUCUUUAAUAACUGCAGUGUUGUCAAUACCAGACAAAUUCCUAAUAUUUUGGAUAUUUAGUAUGUAUGAUAUGUUAAUUUAAAAUUUGGAUUUGGUUAAUAUCAUUGCCCUUUUAUUGUAUACUAGUGCCUUAUUGAUCUCCCUGGACUGUUUUUAGAUUAAUGGUUAAAGAAACACUACAUGAGUAUUCACCAAGUGCCAUAAUGUCUCAGUGCCUGAGCUCAUAUUUCCUCUUUGGACCAUACCUCAUAACCCUUGGGUAGAUCUGUAACUGUUUGCAGUUGGACCAGGAAAUGUUCAAUAUAUUUGUUCACAAUAUUGCAUCAAAAUAUAAGCAACUAUCAUUUGAAACUGUUUUAAUAUGACAUGUUGUGUAUUCAAUUUAAUCCUGUAUCCUGCUGCUAAAAACCAACACAACAUGAUAGCUCAUCUAACCUUUUUUUUUUUUCCAGUGUUACAGGGGACAAAAUGUUCUGCCAUCAGACUCAUUGUUUUCAGGAAUAAAAAACUGCAUUGGCCAGUACUGGAUAUUUUGACCACAAACACAAUAAUCAGUUAAGCUGGUUUAUGUGUUAUUUUGUAAAUAUAACAAGAAUGUGGUGACCGCAGCGAACUUUCACUGCUGUUUCUUGUCAUAACAGACGGUUUAUAUAUUUUUUAAUCAUGUCCAAUGCGGUGUACAUUUAAAAAACACAUUUGCUGUUUCAAUCAAAAGAAUGAUGUCACGUGGUAGCCUGAAAUAAAGAAAUACAUAUUUAA